AUGUUUGCUACUUCAUUAGGGGAUAGUGGUUUGUUUGAUCUGAAGACUAUUAGGAGGCGGUUUUCUUGGUACAGGAGGGUGAAAAAUUAUGUUGACGUGGCAAAAAAGCUUGAUCGAGUCUGUAUAAAUAGUAAUUGGUUAUCUAUCUUUCUAGAGGCUUGUGCAGAAGUUUUAAAUAGGCUUCAGUCUGAUCAUUGCCCUAUUCUGGUGCGUUGUAAAGGUCGUCCUCAGCCUAAAGAGAAUCGACCUUUCCGAUUUGUUGCUACUUGGGAUACUCAUCCUGGGUAUAGGGAUAUUGUGAACCAGUCAUGGUGGUUUGAACAAACAUCCAUACGUAUGGAUCCGCUGUGGCAUGGAGCAUGUUGCGACUCCUGGCUUCGUUCUUCUGUGGACUGCGCACUUAAAAGCCUGGCAGCGCAGGUUGUAGCAGAUGGUUAUCAGAGUGUAUCGGCUGUUUACAUUAAGAAAGUUAAUGUGAGUGUGCGAUUAUGGGAUUUUUGGGAAGUGGGCUGA